AUGUGGACGUGGACCGUGGACAGGGACGCGGAUGUGGACGUGGACGUGGACGUGGACGCGGACGUGGACGCGGACGUGGACGCGGACGUGGACGCGGACGUGGACGCGGACGGGGACGCGGACGUGGACGCGGACGUGGACGCGGACGUGGACGCGGACGUGGACCCGGACGUGGACGUGGACGCGGACGUAGACGUGGACGUGGACGCGGACGUAGACGUGGACGCGGCCGUGGACGUGGCCGUGGACGUGGACGCGGACGUGGACGCGGACGUGGACGUGGCCGUGGACGUGGACGCGGACGCGGCCACGUCCACGACUUGGAAGCGGCCGUGGACGUGGAUGGGGACGUGGACGUGGACGUGGACGUGGACGUGGAGGACUUGGACGUGGACGUGGACGUGGACCUGGGACGUGGACGUGGACGUGGACCCGGACGUGGAGGACUUGGACGUGGACGUGGACGUGGACGAGAACGUGAACGUGGACGUGGACAUGGACGUGUACGUGGACGUGGACGUGGACCUGGACGUGGACUUGGACGUGGACGUGGACGUGGACGUGGACGUGGUCGUGGACGUGGACGUGGACGUGGACCUGGACCUGGACGUGGACGUGGACGUGGACCUGGACCUGGACCUGGACGUGGACGUGGACGUGGACGUGGACGUGGACCGUGUGUUCAACCCAGUGUGUGUUCAACCCACAGUGUGUUCAACCCACCGUGUGUCAAACCUACCGUGUGCUCAACCCACCGUGUGUUCAACCCACCGUGUGUUCAACCCACCGUGUGUUCAACCCACCGUGUGUCCAACCCACCGUGUGUUGAACCCACCGUGUGUUAAACCUACCGUGUGUUCAACCCACCGUGUGUUCAUCCCACCGUGUGUUCAACCCACCAUGUGUUCAACCCACCGUGUGUUCAACCUACUGUGUGUUCAACCCACCGUGUGUUCAACCCACCGUGUGUUCAACCCACCGUGUGUUCAACCCACCAUGUGUUAA